AUGGCCAUUGAUUCUCUGCCGGCUGCAACUCACGCAGCUGUGAAGUUGCAGAACAUGUAUAGGAGUUUUCGUGACCGGCGCAAGUUAGCUGACACCCUUAUAGCCGAGCUCUGGGGACAUGCAAUAGACUUUGCUAUACUGAACAUCAGUACGACUUUCUUCUUCGAGUGCUUGAAUGAGAGGAGUUCCAAUACUCGCUGGACUCGGAUUGGCUUUAAUGCUUCUAUGGUAGGCAGAGGUUUCUCAGAGGAUGACGAAGCACAAAUAUUGGCUUUCCAGCAUUGGAUUGAAGCAAUUGAUCCACGGCAUCGUUAUGGGAGUUGCUUACGUUUGUACUUCAACCAGUGGUUGGAUCAUGGAGCUGGUAAAGAGAUUGACCUCACAGAAUGCCCAAGAAAAAUGCUUAAAAAACAAUGCGUUAAGUAUCUUGGACCGGUAUGUGCUUCCAUAAAUCAAAUUCAGAACAUUUAUUGGACUGACAUUGAGUAUUAA